AUGAAACUGAAGAGGUUUCUGCUGCGCUACGAUCCACCGGGAGUUGGCCUCGAAGUGGAGGCCGAUGACCAGGUCACCGUCCAGCACAAGAACCUGCCGGCGAAGUCCGAGGUCUCCACGUCGAAGGAAGUCCACACCUUGGUCGACCAGUUGAUCGAAGCAGAGCCCGCUCUACUGACGCGAAAGCGGCAUAGAGAAGGCUUGAUCCAGUUGCUCGGAAGGUUGUACCAGGUGGAGACUGCAGAGGAGGAGAGGCCAAGCGAGGGGGCAGGGCCAGGGCGAGAGGACGCAGCGGAGGAUCCAAAGGAUCGGGAUGAGCUGCAUGGGCAAAGUGUGGUUCUCACCGGCCUCUCCGGAUCUCAGCAGGCCUUCAACGGCGAGGUAGCCGUCGUUGUGAAGGCACGUGGAGACAAGCAGAAGUACGAGGUGGAGGUGAAGGGGCAAGUGGUGAAGGUCAAGGGAAAAGAGCACUUGCUCCAGGUCUCUAGCAAAGGCCCACUGGCUGCAGGUGCCUUCGUGGCCAUCCGUGGGCUGCGCAACCAUGUUGAACUCAACGGAUGCGUAGCCCGGGUGGCGGAGUGCCACGAGGAGUCCCAGCGCUAUGAGGUUCGUGCCUUAGACAGUGGCCAGCUCUUCCGGGUAAAGAAGGACAACGUGAUCCUCAUUGAGACCACGCCUGCAGUGCUCGCAGCCUCGGCGGCGAUGAAAGAAAACCGUGAGCCGAACACAUCCCCCCGCAAGGAGGGUAAUUUACCGGCAACGGGUGAGACAGACGAUGUGCUGGAGGUAGGCUCGACGGUCGAGCUGGUAGGAUUGAAGACCGCCCAGGCAUACAACGGCCAGCAAGCAGAGGUCCUCUCUGUGGAUCAGGUUCGAGGCAGGUAUGAAAUCAGACUCGGUGAUGGCAGCGUGAAGACGAUCCGGGCUGAAAACGUACGCUUGCUCCAGGGAAAGAGUCCCAGAACCAAGCGGGGCAGAGACAAACUGCUCUAG